AUGGACUCACAGCCGACCUCGAAAGCGCUACACUACCGCAUAAACAACAAUAUCUCGCAAUUGCUACAGCGCUUCGAGAAUAUCAUGGCCACGGCUACGGUCGAAAGUACCAGCCACACUACGACUGCCGUUGAGACAUACCAGCUUGACGUUGAAUCGACUGCCCUGAUCCGCGCCGCAGAAGACAUCCUCUCCCUCACCCGCGUCAUGAAAGAAACCUGGCUCUUUGGGAAACUCGACACACUAGGCGAAGACGAGUCCGAGACGAGGCGGCGGGAGGAAUUGGAGAGGGACGCGGCAGUCAUCCAGAAAGCAAUUGAAGAUGGGGGUGUGCUGAAGACUACUAAGAAGUAG